AUGGAAAAUCCUGCCUCUGAUAUCCAAAUAUUCGUAGAGGAAUUACCAAGCCGACACGAACUAGUGAAUCAAAAAGCUGCAAGUUCAGGAAAGUUUGUCUUCCCUGCUGCUGAAGCUGGUGAUCAUUCUAUAUGCUUGUAA